UGCAUGCUUUUAGAAAUUAAAAAAAAAAAACUCUCCUUUUCUCUCUCUUUCGACUUUAUAUUCGGAGAAUCAGUCUUCUGUUUGCUGCCCUAGAUCUUGAAGAAGAGGAUCAAAGUUGACUUUUUGAGAUCUGGGUUUGGACAAAAGACUCUCUGUCUUUCUGCAUUCUUCCGUUUUGUUUCGGCUCAGCUCGAAGUUUAUUAAGGCAAUGCCACUUUAAAAGAAAGUAUGAAAUAAAGAUUCCAUCUUUGUAUGCCUUUCAACUAGAAGGGACAAGGGAGGUGCGUUUAGGCGUGAUUUGGUUUCAUCAAAUGGUUGAGGCGCAGAAGAAUCAUCAAGGGCCGCCACGUCACCACACAUCUCUCAAGAAGCCCCUAUGGCUGGUCUUGUCAGUUUCAGUGUUCAGCAUGCUUCUCAUCUGCUCUCGCAUGUCCCCACGACACAGCAAUAACUCCUCUAAGGCUAUCUCCUCGUGGCUACCUGUUCACGUCAGGAAACACACCGACGAGGAGGUAGCAGCUAGAGCAGUGGUCAGAGACAUACUCAAAACGCCUCCCUUCAUAACAGAAAACUCCAAAAUAGCCUUCUUGUUCUUGACUCCGGGGACUUUGCCAUUUGAGAAGCUCUGGGAUGAGUUCUUCACGGGUCAUGAAGGGAAGUUCUCUAUCUACAUCCACCCCUCCAAGGAACGGCCAGUUCAUAUCAGUAGUCACUUUUCUGAUAGGGAGAUCCAUAGUGAUGAGGUCACUUGGGGUAGAAUAUCUAUGGUUGAUGCUGAGAAGAGGUUACUGGUUAGUGCUCUUGAAGAUCCUGAUAACCAACACUUUGUUCUUCUUUCAGAGAGUUGUAUACCGUUGCAUACUUUUGACUACACUUAUAGAUAUUUGCUUUACUCCAACGUCAGCUUCAUUGAGAGUUUUGUGGAUCCUGGUCCUCAUGGAACUGGUAGACACAUGGAACACAUGUUACCUGAGAUUGCUAGGGAAGAUUUUAGAAAGGGUGCUCAGUGGUUCACAAUGAAGCGGCAGCACGCUAUUAUAGUGAUGGCUGAUGGUCUCUACUACUCAAGGUUCCGAGAGUAUUGUGGACCAGGGAUAGAGGCUGACAAGAACUGUAUUGCAGAUGAACAUUACUUGCCAACAUUCUUCAGUAUGAUUGAUCCUAUGGGGAUCUCGAACUGGUCAGUGACUUAUGUUGAUUGGUCUGAACGACAGUGGCAUCCAAAGACUCACACAGCAAAUGAGAUAUCACUAGAGUUCAUGAAAAAUGUCACAACCGAAGAGAUGAGUACACACGUCACAAGUGUGGGAGAGCAUGGAGAUGAGCUGCAUUGGCCUUGUACUUGGAACGGGAUUACACGGCCAUGUUAUCUGUUUGCAAGGAAGUUUCAUCCUGAUACUCUCGACACAUUGCUCAACCUCUUCCCUAACUAAACAAGCACAGUUGUCUGAGGGAAGGAUUCUUGAGCCGAAACAAGCAAUUCUUGAAUUCAUUUUUGUUCCAGAUAUGUUGGAUCUUUUUUGAUACUGUAAAUUUUCUCAAAAACAAAAACUGAAAUGAUUCGUGGAAGUUGAUGUUUCUUGAUGGACCUGAAAGUCGGUUUAUACGAAAUUAGAGUAGAAAUUUUUGGUUAGUAUA